AUGAUGAAGUUGACUCCGAUCAAAGUCAGAGGCAAACGAGGCAAGGCCGCGUCGUCCUCCUCAACACCGAAACCAGCAACCCAGAAAGGAAAGUCACGGCUCGCGACACGGCUCAUCGCCAAACGCACAUCCCUGGUCGAGAGCUCGUUCCCGAUCGAAAUCCUUGAACGCAUAUUCCUCUUCAGCGAGAACCUCAACUUUGCCCGUGCCAGUCCCGCCCUCGGGCGAGCCCUCUCGGGUCGAUCGACUCUUAUUAAUCUCAUAAUUAAUGCUUUUCAUCCCACGUGGGACUGCUGGUUUGGCGUCGACAGACACACGAUCAAGACGGUCUUGAAGCGCGGCGCGACCAGUCCGUCGACGUCUCUCAGGAGUUAUGACAAGUUCCCCGAGCUCUUCCCUGGAGAUCCCGAAUUUCAAUCUUCUGUUUUGGCCAGCUCGUGGAUCAGCGUAGACCUCAUCUUCGAAGCCCGCAAGGUCUGGGCUUGGCGCUUCGCGCGCGACAGGUGGUACUCUCAUUCACAUGUAGGCCCCAAGGAUGUGGACUCAGAUCAGAGCACCGUCCUGAACACACCUCACGAUCGAGGAGGUGGAUUCGGCCAUUUUGACUCGAGGGACUGUUUUGAGUAUGACUGGCUUCUGUACGGCCUCGACGGCGCGAAACCGACCGUCGACUUUUACGUCGAUGUCCACCCCAAAACUACCAUCCCGGACGACCUUGUCACCGGGCCGUGGACAACUGAGCAGCAGAGAUUACUUUUCUGGUUGAGGAGAGGCGGUGCGCGAAUUCAACCCGAAUCGCAAACGUGGGAGACUCUUCGGAUGGGCUUGCAGAAUGCCGUUACCCACCGAAAUCCGGGAAACCUGGACGGCCGUCUCAUCCAGAUGCUCCUCCUCUUGGACGACUUCUUCCCCACGCACGCCCUCGACGAGAACCAGUCCCUGUGGCCUCUCGACGUCCUGGAAGAAGAGCACGACAAGGUGGAAAGGCUCGUCAGCGCCAGGGAGCGCAGCAAAGCCGGGCCGCUGUACGAGCUCACCGAGCUCGAAAGACGCAUGUUCGACUACCACCGCCGCGAAGUCGACCUCCUGACGUCGCGGUUAAGUCGCUACGACCGCGUGGCACCUCACUCUAUGGUGGCCGUGGGACUCGUCCCUCCGCCGAGAAAUCAUUAA